CCUCCCGCUUCAGCUCCAAAAACACAGAAGCCUCCAUGUUGAACGGGGAGCGCACGGCUAAGUACACAAAUGUUACGGAACUUCAACGGCGUACUACCUACACUGGAUUUUUGUUUUUUUGUCGGGAGGGACAACAGCAAUUACCAGACUGGCUUCCGAGUAUUUUCAGCGCUGUUUCAGCCACGGCCUCACAUUUUGGAUAAUUGGAGAUAAUUUGCUAACUCAAGCUACUUGCUAACUUGAGCUAGUUAGCACUUGAACAUUUAUAUUGAAGCCAAGGAUAUUGUUUUUUCUUCAUCCCCCACACACAAAAGCUUGUUAGGAGCCAUGGACUUGAGUUUACAGCCAUAAAUGAGAGCUUUUGGGCAGCUUGCACUGAGGGCCGUGCUCGCUGGCUCCCGCCGCUGCGCUUUCACUUGGCUUUGUAAACAGCUAGCUAACAUUAGCCAGCGGGCUAAACCUGCGCGCCACUAGGAAGAACCAAAAGGGAAUAACAAUCAGUCUAAAUGGACCACAUGUCCAUUAUAACACAAGUUGCCAAUCCCAACGAGGAGGAAGUAAUAUCGUUUAACCAGGAAAAAGCUUCCCAGGCCAACAGCAGCCUAAAGAAGCAGAGGAGCCGGAGCAUCUUCAGAACAUUCUUAUGCUGCUUCCGCAACUACAAUGUGGAGCCACCUGCCACCAAUCCUAACACCAGCUCCCUGCCGCCACCUGUUGAAGAGAAUGGAACACCACCCAAGUGUGACCAGGUCGAGGUCAUUCCUGUCCCUAGUCCACCGGCUAAAUACCUCUUGCCAGAGAUGAAAAUAUCUGACUGUGGCAAAAAGUGUGUUGUCAUUGACUUAGAUGAAACCCUCGUCCAUAGCUCUUUCAAGCCCAUCAGCAAUGCAGAUUUCAUUGUGCCAGUAGAGAUCGAUGGUACAGUUCACCAGGUGUACGUGCUGAAGCGACCCCAUGUGGAUGAGUUUCUUCAAAAAAUGGGAGAGCUCUUUGAAUGUGUGCUCUUCACAGCUAGUCUUGCCAAGUAUGCAGACCCUGUGGCAGAUCUGCUGGACCAAUGGGGGGUGUUCAGGGCGCGACUCUUCAGAGAAUCCUGCGUCUUUCACAGAGGGAACUACGUCAAAGACCUCAGCCGGCUCGGACGAGAGCUCAGCAAUGUCAUAAUUGUUGACAAUUCACCUGCCUCUUAUAUUUUCCACCCAGAAAAUGCUGUCCCAGUCCAGUCCUGGUUUGACGAUAUGAAUGACACGGAGCUCCUGGACCUGCUGCCUUUUUUUGAGGGACUCAGUAAAGAGGAAGAGGUUUACGGAGUCCUUCAGAAUCUGAGAAGCAGGUAGCAGGAAACACUACAGCACCACCUAUGCUCAGUCCUUCUCUCUGUCGGUCUCUGUCUUUUUCUACUCAUCUGUCAGUCUCAGGCAGAUCCUCCCGCAGGCGCCCUUCUUGUCUCUGCCCCAAGGGGGCGCCCUUGGAGCCACACUGUGGAAACCCUGCGUCUCUCAUCUCCUGAGGAUUGGCUGCCUUCUGAGUGCCAUCAGAAAAAAAUAAAUCAACGAUCCCAGGAGCACCGUGUGUCUGUGACAACUGAGGACUAAUGGAAAUGCUUUAACAGCACCAUGACACUCGGCUGGUAUUGGACACAAAAUGCUCAGAGGAAUGAACUCUGGUCAUUAUUUUCAAACUGACAGACGAUGUUUACUAUUUGGUGAAGUGCUUAUUUUAAAACCAAAAAGAAAACGGAGGGGAAAGAAACCCGCAAUCCUUUGAAAUUUCUUUUGUAUCUCCACACAAAAGGCUGAAUUUUUUUUUUUUUUUUUAAGCUAUCAUUGCUAUGCAGGCAGUUUCUGGUCGUGGAAAAGACUGUGACUCUCUUUUCUUACUGAAGUGCCUUGUGUGAAUGCUGUUUAUACGCAGAGAUAUUUUGUAUAUGGCAGAUUUCCUGAGUACUUCAGUCUUUUCACAUAGUAUACUUUAAAGUGAACACAAAAGUAUCUUUAUACAAAAGUUUUACUUUAGUAGGUGAGGUAUUAUUAUUAUUAUUAUUAUUAUUAUUAUUUUUUUAGCAUUAAGCGCUGAGUAAAUGUCUCCAUUGUAUUUUAUCACCCCACAAUUAUGUUUGUGCCAUUAUAUUCAUGAUUUUUUGUUUCUUUAGUUAUAUGUAGAUUUAGCUAUUUGUUUUUUUUUUUGUUUGUUUGUUUGUUUUUAAGGUGUACAGUUGUGUCUGUGGACAUGAUUCACCAGCUGCAUGUUUAUCUGAAAGCUCAGAUAAAAUAACAUUGUGCCAUCUAAUGUCCUGUUUGUCAUUUUAAUGCCCUCUUUUUAUUUGCCAAAUGGGAAAAUGUUUUUUAACAUGCUGUAUAGCUUAAUGAUUUAACACUGUUAAACCAUUAGUAGUUGUACAAUAUAGUAAUAUAGCUUUUAUUCUUUUGACAAUUGUCAGUUUGUAUAUUUUUAAAGCUAUAAGGCCUGUCUUUGUGUUCAUUUUUCCCCUUCUCCCCCUCGUGACUGUGUUACUGCUCCCCCAACUGGGAAAAGUUGUGUACACAGUUGCAAAGGUACCCUUAUUUUGUUGUUCUAAAUGGCCUGGUAUCUCAGGUGCCAUGUUUAUAUUUUUGUUCAGUUUGUUUUGUUUUUAGUUAAUAUAGCAUAGCGACAGAGCCAGUCUGGACAGUGUUGAAACACCUGAUUUGCACACAGUGAUGGUCCGGGGUCUAAAAACCAGUGGAGAUGACACAUGUGGCGUUUACCUUCAGACUUUUCACCUCAGUGCCUACGUUUGAGAGGAGCCACGCAAACCGAAUGCUGCAACAUUUGCUACCAUGGCAAUAACCCCUUUUUAAGGGGGAACAGUUCUGUCCCAAGUCUUUGGGUUCGGUGUCGAGCGCACAUUUCUAGAGACAUGUAGGGGAUCUAAGUGUGCAAAUGUUUGUCUUUCACAUGGUGCAAUCCAAAAAUUGGAUUCAGGCAUGCAGGUUAAAUUGGUAGUUAUCUUGGAAGCAAAAUUGCCAUUUUUAGUGUGUUGAAAAUUAAACUAAUGCAAAGCAACUUUAAUGUUUUGUUGUAUAAGAAGAUUCAAAGGAUGGCCCUGAGUCCUCGGAGUGGGUGCUCAGUCCUGGUCCCUCACAUGUUUGGGGCCAGUUUGAAACAAAACACUACCGGACUGCAAGGCAUUGUUGCCUUACUCCCUGCGAUGGCUAAAACAACUAUUCUUCUUUAAUUCCCAUGGAACAGCCCCCCGAGUAUUUUUACAACCAUGUACAGAUUGUAAAACAGCUCUGCCAUAAAAUUAGGAACAGUCACGUGAAAACAGUGGAAUACAACAGAGCUCUCUGAUGCCAUCUAGUGGCCGUACACCCAAUACACCUCUUGUUUUUAUUGCUUGGUUUUAUUUGGUUUGGGGGCGGGGGCAUCAUGAUGUUGAACAGAAAACACCUACACUGCUACGUAAUUUAACGCUUUGGGGCAAAGUGAGAUGUUCUUGACUGUUGUAUAAGCGUUUGUGCUGGCAGUGAGAGUUCUGCUCACAAUGGUGGUUUCAGUGCAAUGUCUUUUUUAUAAGAAGUGUUUGCUCAACUCUUCUGAACUGCUCAAAGAUUUUCUGUUUCUGAAAAUGUUUAUCAUUGUGAUAUUUUUCUACCUUCCUGUCAGUAUUUGAUUUUU